CUUAGUGGGAGAACCUGUUCGUAUAAAAUGUGCACUGUUUUAUGGAUACAUAAGAGCAAAUUACACUCUAGCACAAAGUGCUGGACUCAGUUUGAUGUGGUACAAAAGCUCUGGACCUGGAGAUUUUGAGGAACCUAUAGCUUUUGAUGGAGCCAGAAUGAGCAAAGAGGAAGAUGCGAUUUGGUUUCGUCCAACGGUGGCACAGGACAGUGGACUUUAUGCAUGUGUCAUAAGAAACUCUACUUACUGUAUGAAAGUAUCAAUUUCACUGACAGUGGGUGAAAAUGACACUGGCCUCUGCUACAACUCAAAGAUGAAAUACUUUGAAAAAGCUGAACUUAGCAAAACCAAGGAAAUCUCAUGCCCUGACAUACAGGAUUUUUUAAUACCGUAUAGAGAGCCUGAAAUCAUCUGGUAUAAGGAAUGCCAAGUCACAAGCUGGAGACCAAGUAUUCUGUUCAGAAAGGACACUCUUGUUAUCAGGGAGGUCAGAGAAGAUGACAUUGGAAAUUAUACUUGCGAAUUAAAAUACGGACUGUUUUCUGUCAGAAGAACUACAGAAUUAACAGUUACAGGCCAUUCUGCUAAUCUAACCUGUCGAGCAUUCUUUGGAUACAGCGGAGAAGUCAGCCCUUUAAUGUACUGGAUGAAAGGCGAAAAGUUUAUUGAGGAUUUGGAUGAAAGUCGGGUUUGGGAAAGUGAUAUUAGAAUUCUUAAGGAACAUCUUGGAGAACAAGAAGUUUCCAUCUCACUAAUUCUUGAUUCAGUAGAAGAAGGAGACCUCGGAAAUUACUCAUGUUAUGUUGAAAAUGGAUAUGGCCGUAGACAUGCUACUGUCGUUCUACUCAAAAGGGAGCUGAUGUAUACAGUUGAGCUUGCUGGUGGGCUUGGUGCUAUUCUGCUACUACUUGUUUGUUUAGUGACUAUCUACAAGUGCUACAAGAUUGAGAUUAUGCUAUUCUACAGGAAUCAUUUUGGUGCUGAAGAACUAGAUGGAGAUAACAAAGAUUAUGAUGCAUACCUGUCAUACACCAAAGUGGAUCCUGACCAGUGGAACCAAGAAACUGGGGAAGAAGAACGAUUUGCUCUUGAGAUCUUACCAGAUAUGCUUGAAAAGCAUUAUGGAUACAAAUUGUUCAUUCCAGAUAGAGACCUAAUUCCAACUGGAACAUACAUAGAAGAUGUGGCAAGAUGUGUAGACCAAAGCAAGCGAUUGAUCAUUGUCAUGACACCAAAUUAUGUGGUGCGAAGAGGCUGGAGUAUCUUUGAACUAGAAACAAGACUCAGAAACAUGUUGGUGACAGGAGAAAUUAAAGUGAUACUGAUUGAAUGCAGUGAACUCCGAGGGAUUAUGAACUACCAGGAGGUUGAGGCCCUGAAGCAUACCAUCAAACUCUUAACUGUUAUUAAAUGGCAUGGCCCCAAAUGCAACAAGUUGAAUUCCAAAUUCUGGAAACGUUUACAGUAUGAAAUGCCUUUUAAGAGGAUAGAACCCAUCACACAUGAGCAGGUUUUAGAUGUUAGUGAGCAGGGGCCCUUUGGGGAACUGCAGACGGUCUCAGCAAUUUCUAUGGCUGCUGCUACCUCCACUGCUCUAGCCACUGCCCAUCCUGACCUGCGCUCCACCUUUCAUAACACAUAUCAUUCCCAGAUGCGCCAGAAACACUAUUAUCGAAGCUAUGAAUACGACGUACCUCCUACUGGCACCCUGCCUCUUACCUCAAUAGGUAACCAGCAUACUUACUGCAACAUCCCUAUGACACUUAUUAAUGGGCAGAGGCCACAAACAAAAACUAACCGGGAGCCAAACCCCGACGAGGCUCAUACAAACAGUGCAAUACUGCCACUCUUACCACGGGAAACAAGUAUCUCAAGUGUCAUUUGGUGACAUCAGUGCAAGGGGGAAUUUGGUCCCCUUGUGUAGAAGUGAAGUCUGCAGUCUGGUGCCUGGAACUACAUCCUCGACUGCUGCUGUUACACAUGCAUUACAAUCUAUGAAAUAUGAGGAAAAACAGGGUCUUGUACAUAUGUUUUUGCAAAAUUCCUUUGUAGCAUCAGUCUUCCUGUUUUACCCAUGUCUCUUGCCAUUCACAUUUUGACUUUGUUUUAUAUGUCAUUGGGAUUUGUAUAUUUACAUUUUUUAAAAAAGAGAGAGGAAUGAAGAGACUGCUGUAUAGGACAAACUUUUUUGCUUCAUUAGUAUAGUUUGAGUUGUUUGGUUUUUUGGUUUGUUUUUUUUAACAUUUCUUGGAAUGCUUGGACAAAACUCUGUUGAAUACAGAAGCACUGUCUGUUUUGUUGGCCUGCCUAGCCUGAUACCCAGAGGCUAUGUCUGCAGCAAUUCACCAGUGUGUGUGUGAGAGAGAGAAAGAGCACUUGUUCUUAGGAGGACCCUACUGAAAAUUCAUAGUCCUUUCAUCAUUUAUUAUCCCACUGCAACACCCUGUCCCCUUACCUCACUUUUUUUACAGCACCACACAGAGUGAAAUUACAGAUGGUCUAAUUGUCUAACAUUUCACAUAGUAAAUAGUUGUGGAAAAAAGCAAAAUAAAAACUUCCCAGUCUGUAUCACUUGCUUCACAAUAACCACUAUGACCACUAUGGAGUAUGUAGAAAGAAAAAUAG